AACUUUAGAUCACCACAGACUGCAGGAGGCACACAGACUUAAGUGGAUGGCCCAGGACCUGGAUGCAGAUAUUUUUAAAGCAGGAGCGGGAUUUUGACUGUGAGAUAAUUCUUCUGUAGGUCUGAGGAAAAAGUGAAGAGGAAUUACUGACUUCCUAUCUUAGGUUUUAUUCAAGUGUGGAAAGAGGAAAAGGAGCGUUAUAGGCUGAGCUGUGGUUCAGAGGGUCCAGGUGGCAGGUAUGAGGGGCCCAGUCUUUGUUGGAGUUUGGCUUUAAAGUCUACAGGACUCUCUACUUCAGCUGGACACAUUCCACAGGACUUGUGCCCAUGAGGUCGUCACCACUGGUCCUGCUCCUCCUGAUUGGCGUCCAGGCUGUACUGAAUAUGGGAGUGGGAUUGGACCGGAGCCCUGGAGCAGCCAGUCACAGAGCAGGGCAGAAGGACACAGUGGCAGCCAGGGGACAUCUUUCUCAGGGCAAAACUUCACAGCAGAAUCAUAGGACCACCCAUCACAGGACCAAGAGGCUACAUCGUUCAGCUUCACACAUGCACAGCAGAAGCCCCAUUAUUGGCCACUCUGCAGCAGGUUCCUCUCCAGACCCCUCUAGUCCAGUGGUGGACCCGAAGCUCUUCUCAAAGAGACAUUAUCGCCCAUCACCCCGUGUUGUUUUUAGUGAGGUAACCCCCUCGCAUGAUGUUCUGGAUGAUGAAGAUUAUGACAUUGAAGGGAUUAGGGGGGUGAGGGUAAGACGAAGGGCAAGUUCACACACCAUGCAUCGAGGAGAGUACUCAGUGUGUGACAGCAUUAAUACCUGGGUGAAAAACAAGACACGAGCCACAGACAUAUCUGGAAAUGAAGUGACAGUACUCUCCAAUGUUACAAUCAACAACAAAGUAAAGAAACAGCUUUUUUAUGAGACCACCUGUAGAUCCCCAACACACAGGGGCUCUGCAAUCAUGAGUGGUGGAAGGCCUGGAGUGCGGGGUGGAAAGCAAAGCUCCAAGUCAGGCAGUUCAGGUUGUCUCGGCAUUGACAGCCGCCACUGGAACUCCUACUGCACCAACACACACAUAUUUGUUAGCGCCCUGACCGUCUUCAAGGAACAGACAGCCUGGCGUUUCAUCCGUAUCAACGCUGCAUGUGUGUGUGUUAUCAGCCGGAAGUCUUGGGCAGGAAGACUGAGGCAUUGACUGAAGGAGAGCACUGGCCUAUAAAAGCAAACACAUUUCUACUAAACACCCAUUGCAACAGCACUGGUAGAUUUCCCCCUUUGCUUUUUGCAGAUGACUUGAUUUUGUUGGUUCCCUCUAGCCAAGACCUAGAGCAUGUACUGGUUAUGGUUUUCAGCAAGCAUGAAGAUCAGCCCCUACAAGUCUGAGUCUAUGGUUCGUGGACGAAAAAAAAGCUUGCCCUCUUGAAGAAAGGAGCUCCUGGCGAAAGUGGAACAGUUCAUGCAUCUUGAGUUCCUGUUCACAAGUGAGGGGAUAAUGGAGCAGUAGAUGGACAGAUGGAUCGGUGCGGCUUCCCCGUAAUGCGGAUGCUUCACUGGACUGUUAUGGUAAAGACAGAGCUGAGCCAAAAGGAGAAGCUCUCAAUUUAUCGUUCAGUCUACAUCCCUACCCUCACCUAUGACCAUGAAAUCUGGACAUUCUGGAGGGACUAUAUCUCUUUCCUGGCCCUGGAAGACCUUGGGCUUCCCCAAGAGGAGAUGGAGACAGUGUUUGGGAAGAGGGAAGUCCAGGCAUCUCUGCUAAGACUGCUGCCUCCACUACCUGGUCCUGCAGCUUCCUUGCCAACAUACUUCCAACAUACAGUUCCACUGAUAACAGCAUUCAACAAACAUACAAACACACAUAUAAAUACAUUUCUUUAUUUAGUUGCUUUUUAUUCCUGACCCUACCUCAGUCAAAGAAGUGCUACCAGUUUUAAGUUAUAAGGGCCACAUAUUUAUGGUUUAUAAGUGUAUGUUCAUACAUAAAAAGUGAUUCUGAGUUGUUUAAUGUUGUUAUUAUUUUUGUUGUUGUGCUGUCCAUCUCUUUAUUUAUUAAACACUUAAGUACUU